GGAUGUUCACAUUGAUCAAUUAAAUAUUAGGUUUCUGAUAGGUGGUUCAUUGGAAAAUUUCUAGACACCGAACGAGAUGUGUGAACGUGUCUGAUUAGAUGUGGAGAUGGACACUCCUGAUUGGUUGAUUCUUUUAGGCCACAGAAUCUCCAGGCAUUGAAUGCACCUAACGUUACCUUUCUACGUUUAUUCAUCAACGAUAAAAAAAAAAUCAAACUGAUAUCCGCUAGCGAGCGGAUUUUAUACGUCUUGUCUGCGAGGAGACGUAAACAAACGUGUGAGGUUUUGAGAAGAGGUUUAUGAGAGCUUAAAAGCGAGUGAUAAGUUAUUCUUGCUGCCAGUGAAACUAGCCUUCAAAAUGGCAUUACGUACCUAUGGAGAUAAACCAAUAAGUUUUCAAGUAGAGGAAAAUGGAGAAUAUUACUGCAUUGGGUCAGAAGUUGGCAAUUAUCUGCGUCUUUUUCGUGGAUCUUUGUACAAGAGAUACCCUGGCAUGUUUAGAAGAUCUAUAACCAAUGAUGAACGUAAGAAAUUGGUAGAACUUGGGUUAAGCCAACACGUUCUAGCAUCCAGUGUUUCAUUACUGAGAGCUAGUGAAGUAGAAGAUAUUAUCGAGGGCAACGAUGAUAAGUAUAAAGCUGUGUCUGUACAUUCAACUGAACCGCCAGCGCCUAGAGAGGGUAAGUCUAAAAAGUCAAUGGCAUGGGUACCCAGCUUACCCAAUAGUUCACAUUUGGAUGCCGUUCCUCAAGCCACACCAAUAAAUCGCAAUCGAGUGCACAAUAAAAAAGUCAGAACAUUUCCAUUAUGUUUCGAUGAUACAGACCCAUCAGCAAACUUAGAGAAUGCAGCACAGCAGGAAAUGCUGGUCCCAAUACGUUUAGAUAUGGAAAUUGAAGGCCAAAAAUUAAGAGACACUUUUACUUGGAAUAAAAAUGAAAGUCUUAUAACACCUGAACAAUUUGCCGAAGUACUAUGUGAUGAUUUAGACUUGAAUCCAUUAACUUUUGUUCCUGCAAUUGCGCAGGCAAUAAGACAACAAAUAGAAGCAUUCCCUCAGGAAACAAUCCUGGAAGAUCAGUGUGAUCAGAGAGUCAUAAUUAAAUUGAAUAUACAUGUGGGCAAUACCUCUCUAGUAGAUCAAGUAGAAUGGGACAUGUCAGAAAAAGAAAACAAUCCAGAGAAAUUUGCGAUGAAACUUUGCGCGGAACUUGGUCUCGGCGGAGAAUUUGUUACUGCUAUUGCUUACAGUGUACGUGGACAAUUGUCGUGGCAUCAGAGAACGUAUGCAUUUUCUGAAGCACCUCUACCAACCGUUGAAGUUCCCUUUAGACCUCCGUCAGAAGCUGAUCAAUGGGCACCAUUUUUAGAAACUUUAACAGACGCAGAGAUGGAAAAGAAGAUACGCGAUCAAGAUCGAAAUACUCGGCGUAUGCGACGUUUAGCAAACACGACGCCUGGCUGGUAGAAAAAGCGCAUUUAGAAAAAGAACUUUAUACCUUCUACAUUUUUCAAAUCCAUACCAUUUUAAUUUUUAGUAUGCCCCGAUAUUUAUAAGAUUUAUAAGUAAUGAUAUGAUUUUAUCAAGACAUCAUUCAUCGUAGAAUAUAAAAUAUGCGAAAGUAACUAUUUGUAAAGAUAAUGGAUACAUGAUUGUGUAUCUGAAAAAAGAUGUAACUAUAUAUUAUAAUUAAUUAUUGCUCAUGGAACGUUUCUAUAUAUGAACUGUUCUAUAUUCCAGAUCUUAUGAAUCAUUCUUCAAUCAAAUUAGAAUUUACAUAUUUUCUUUCCAUUUUUAUUUAUUUCAUAAAAUCUUUCAAUUUAGUUUAUUGUAUGAUAACAAUUUGUGUUUGUGUGAUAAAUAAUUUUAUCUUUCAUGUGCACGUGAAAUCGGCAAUACAGUUAUUUUAAUACAGAUAUGUUACAUAACACACUUCAAUCGAGGUCUGAACAGCAGGCUGUGUGACUCAUCCUCGAUAUAAUAUCGGCUGCAAUCGUACGAUGAGAUAAUGGAUCACGUGAUUAUGCUCAUUCAUGAUAAAUGAUCAUCGCGAAGCACGUGUCGAUAAUUAACAUUUUGGUAUCUCAUUAAUCAUACAGCUCAUCAAAUUGAAUAGACUGAAUGAAAGAAAAACUUUAGCAAAAGAAAAGACAAGAUUUAUAAGCGACCUUCGACAAGCGUGUCGAAUGUAAAUUAAUUUCUACUUUAACUUCAUUAUAAUAUUCUUUUUUACUUAUGUAAAGUAUAAACAUAAUACAUGCUUUACUUUUG